CCUUCUCCUGGCUUUCUGGGAAUGAAGGGAGGAGAACAGGAAGCUGGGAAGGGGCUGGAAGCAGAAUCUGGGUCAGACAUGCGGUGGAGGAGGCAGGAUGAUCAUUUGUGACUUCUUCCAGAUUCGGACGCCAGGAUUCGCAGGAGCUGAGCGCAGAUGGCUGGAUGUGUAUUCCAAAAAUGUCGAAGCACAUGUCUUAGAACACUUUCUCCAGACAUUUGUUCACGCUGUUCUGUCUCCAUAUUCCAUUGACGCCAAACUGUUUUAAACUGUUUGUCACCAUUAAUCAGGACACGUAAAAACAACUUGUCAAUUUUAAAACAGAGAUAUCAAUAUGGUGGCCUUAAAGUCUUCAGUAAUAUGGUUAUUAUGGACAUUGUUGAUGGUGAAAUCCCAAAACCUUAUUAAGAACCUCAAGGAAGUAAACUUGGAACACCAACUACUAAUUAGCGAAGUGAAUCCGGAUAACCCAGGUCAUGACACAGCUGAAUUUAUUGAACUUCGCCACACUAGUGGUCAGAACGUCUCCCUUGAUGGCUACACACUGGUCUUGUACAACGGAAAGACAAACACAGCCUACAAAGUGUUCAACUUAAUGGGAUAUUCCACAGAUAAGAAAGGUUUCUUCCUAAUUGGGUCAUGGACAGUCAAACCCAACAUUAUUCUACCACCCAACACCAUCCAGAAUGGACCCGAUGCCAUAGCUCUUUAUUUUGGAAAGAAUCUUUACAAAGAGUCAAUGCAAGUUACUAGUGAUGGGUUAGUUGACGUGCUUGUGCAUAUGUCUAGGAGUUAUGACCAAGCUGAUGGUCUUCUUAAAAUCCUCUCACCGGGGAAGGAGGCUUUCCUGGAAGAUGCCAAUUUUCACACAGCUGAUGAAUCCAUCGGGAGGUGCCUGGACAUAGGAGGUCAAUGGACUUUUCACUUGACACAUCCCUCCCCGGGCAGUGAGAAUCACUGUAAGGGCUUUCCAUUCAUGAUCAAUGAGGUCUCAUCACCUUAUGCUGAAGAUCUGUAUGUGGAGAUCCGUGGACCACCAUCCACUUCACUCUCUGGAUUAACUAUAGGAUUUAUUAGUGGUAUGGACCAGCAAGUCUAUUUUUCUACGGAUAUCAGGGGCCAAACUGAUCCCAGUGGAUUGUUUUUGCUUGUGAAUGAGAAGCACGACAAUCGAGCUCAGCAGACUCUUCCCAACAAUGCCCUCCUGUUAAAAAAGGGAGGUGGUGCUGUAGCUCUGUACUUGGGGAAGAAUAGCGAUGUUUUGCUGAAGAAUCGAUAUACCACCAGUGGUUUAAUGAAUGCUUUAGUAUACGGUGAUUAUGAAGACAUGGGACUCCAUCCCCUUCAGGACCUGACCACAGGCAAUAAUAUCAUUUACUGGCAUACAUGGGACGUAAAUAUAUCUGCCAGCCUUUGUAGCCAAGGAGAGGGCAUGCCUGCACUGUUCAUGCUCGGAGGCAGCACUCCUGGGCAAGUUAAUGACUGCCCCCCUGUGGCUGCCCACCAGAAUGUAACACUGUGUUUCAAGAUAAAUUCUGACUGCUCCCUCUGGAAGGGUGGUGAGGACCUCUCCGACCUUCUGACCGCUGUGAUUCAGUCAUUACAGACUCACUGCAAAUGUCAUGUAUCUGCCAGCAUGUUCACAGAUGCCAGUCUUGCCUGUCAACCUCACUUGUUGACUCUUCAUGCCAAGCAAAACGCAACAUUGACUCCUCAAAGUAUUGACCUGGACGAUAUCCAGCUGUAUGUAACAACAGGGAUUGAACUGAAUGUGCGCAAUAAGAGUGCCACGGUGACAUCAGUCUGUUCCCAACCCACGACAAUCCCAACCACGCCUACAGAAAUGACUACAACUGCCCCUCCACCUUUUAAUCCUGGCCUCCUACUCAUUAAUGAAGUCAAUCCCAAUACUCCAGGCUCAGCUGAGGAUAUGGAAUAUAUAGAACUUUACCACACAAGCAACAGUUCCGUUAGUUUGGCAGGCUACUGGCUGGUCUUAUACAACGGGAAGAACAACCUGGCCUACAGCAUCCUCAAUCUGAAAGGCUACAACACGGACAAGAAUGGCUACUUCCUGAUUGGCAGCACCAAGAUGACGCCAAAGCCUCACAUUCCGCUACGUGCCAACACCAUUCAGAACGGGGCAGAUGCCGUUGCGCUGUAUUACCGUCUGGGGAAGGCUGGCUAUACUCCAAAUAUGCCUGUGACAGCAGAUGGGCUGAUAGAUGCCAUGGUAUAUGUAUCUCAAGCAAAGGAUGAUGCCUCUGGCCUCUUGAAGGUUUUAAGCCCGGGACAGGAAGCUGUACAUGAGGAUGAGAGGUUUAUACUGGAAGAUGAAUCAUUGAGUCGAUGCCAAGGACUGAAGCCGCUGGACCACUCUGCCUAUCAGAUCACCAAGAUCACCCCCCUUACUAAGAAUGACUGUGAGGCUCUAAAUAUAAUCCCAUUUGGCACCUCCAAACCCAGAACAUCUUCUCAGCCUGCUACACCUACCUCCCCUAUGACUCUUCUGAUCAGUGAAGUGGGGGUAAUGCGUGGAUCUGAACCAUAUAGCUUCAUUGAGCUAAAGGGACCUGCCGGAGGACGCAUCCGGGAUUACACUCUGGUCAUGUACAAUAGAGACGGAAAGAUUUUUGAGAAGAUUGGUGUGCAAGGCGUGAUUAAAAACAGUGGACUGUACGUGAUCAGCACCAAUGGCACGGGUGAUCAGCAGCUCCCUGUUUUCUCCAGGCCAUACACGCUCAGUUCUGAGGCCAUAGCACUCUAUAAGGGAAGCCCUGAAUCAUUUUCUAUAGGGUCCGCCUUGAGCCAAAAGGAUUUUGUGGAUGCAUUUGUUUAUACGUGGGAAAGUAACACACCGUCUGAUGUUCUCAGAAGCCUGAAUACACUGUCCACCAUAUUGUAUGGAGAACACUGGUUAGUGUCGAUAAGCCGUUGUAGUCUCACCGAUGGAUCCUCUACUGCACUACUGCCUGUCCAACAACCCAGCCCUGGCUCAGAAAACAUUUGUCCCUCCACGGUCACCUCCAUAAAGCUUGACCUGUGUAUGAAGGACUCCAACCUAGAUUGCUCUGAAUGGAUGACGAUGGAGCCUUUUACACUGGACAAAAUUAAAAUCCUGCUAAGCCAUUCCAUUGAAAAUCACUGUUUGUGUUCUGUACCUCCUUCAUAUAUACAAGAACUGAAUGUCAUGUGUAUGCAGGGCAAGCUGUCCCUCUCCGCUGACAUCUUGAGUACUUACAGUGACCAAAUCCUUAUACAUAGAUGGAACAAUGACCUCGUCAAUCAUUCUCAGGUCUUUGCCUUCCAGGACAAAUCCCUUGGGUCUUUUACAGGAUGCCUAAUGGCGGAAAAGAGACAAGGAUCUUUUAAGGUUUGGCAGGUCUGUCUUCUGGUGCUGCUGUUGCUGCUAAUAAUAUGUGGAGCAGUCGGAUUUAUAAUUUACCUGCGCAAGAGAACGCCACAGAACUACACUAGCAUUGAAAUGAAUGCACACAGAGAAUUGACUCUAGACUAUUGACAAGCAGAGAAAAUAGGCAAAGAGACUAUGGACCAAAUAAAGAGGCCUGUUGUAGGCCAAACUAUUCUGUAGGCUUAGCCUAAUAAGCAUGGCUUUGUUGGGUCAGCGUUGCAGCUUGCAACACCAAAGAAGAAUCUGCACCCUCCAAAACCAGAGCAGGAACUUGAUGCACCUAUUGCAUAUAUGGGACUACACUCCUCUUGGAAUAUGGAAAAGGAGACCAUUGUUUGGUUUUGGAGCAGAAAAAAAUAUCUGUUGCUUUGUAUGAAAGUUACUUUUUAUAACAGUUGCAACUAUUGCCAGUUGUGGAACAUUUCUAAAGUAGACUAUAAAGACUGCUAAUCUCUUGGUACUUCAUGCUGAUCACAGAUUUAAGACAAGAACAUGUUUGGUAACAUCUUCACAAGUAUGAAAGCAGAUCUUCCAACAUGGCCAACUCCAGUAUGUACACAGUAUAUCAAGCUUCUAAAGUUCGCUUCACAUUUCAAAUUAGAAUCUCAUGUUAAGUCAGUGAAUUCACGUAAAGUCAUGAAAUUAUACCAUUUCAGGAAAGAAAUAGGAGAUCUUCCAAUAUUGUCUUAAAAAUUGCUUAUGUUGACUAUUUUCCAACAAAUGCUUGUGAACCUCUGUUCCCAAUAAACCCCAACAGUCAUGGGUGACCCUAAUAUGGUAAGCUGACUGGAUAUCCA